UGUUGAGUUUCCCUGUUUUGAGGGACAGGAACUCCCUGCUCGUCUCGACUUCUCUCCCCCGCCCAUGAUAACACCGAGCGAGGAAAAGAAGAUCCUUCUCCGGACCCGACGACUGUUAAAAACUCCCACCCGGACUGAGAAAAGACGGUUCGAACCGGGCGGGACGUCCGGGCUCGCGACGGGGACUGAAAAGUUCCGUCUGCAUGGCGCCGUGGUGAGAUUUAUUCACGCGCAAGUUUUCCCUGCGAACCGACAAGUUCGGCCGGCAGCAUGACGUCUGCAGUGACUUUAGAGGACGCCCUGUCCAACGUGGACCUGCUGGAGGAGCUGCCGCUCCCAGACCAGCAGCCAUGCAUCGAGCCCCUCCCCUCCUCGCUCAUGUAUCAGCCCAACUUCAACACCAACUUUGAGGACCGAAAUGCAUUUGUCACCGGCAUCGCCAGAUACAUCGAGCAGGCCACUGUUCACUCCAGCAUGAAUGACAUGUUGGAGGAGGGUCAGGAGUAUGCUGUCAUGCUUUACACCUGGAGGAGCUGCUCACGUGCAAUACCACAGGUAAAGUGCAACGAGCAGCCCAACAGAGUGGAGAUCUAUGAGAAGACUGUGGAGGUCCUCGAGCCAGAAGUCACCAAGCUGAUGAAUUUCAUGUACUUCCAGCGCACAGCCAUCGAUCGCUUCUGCGGGGAGGUCCGUCGGCUGUGCCACGCCGAGCGCAGGAAAGACUUUGUGUCUGAGGCGUACCUGCUGACCCUGGGGAAGUUCAUCAACAUGUUCGCAGUGCUCGAUGAGCUGAAGAACAUGAAGUGCAGCGUCAAGAACGACCACUCUGCAUACAAACGGGCGGCUCAGUUCCUCAGAAAGAUGUCAGAACCGUCCUCCAUCCAGGAGUCCCAGAACCUGUCCAUGUUCCUGGCAAACCACAAUAAAAUCACUCAGUCGCUGCAGCAGCAGCUGGAAGUGAUUCAUGGUUAUGAAGAGCUGCUGGCCGACAUCGUCAACCUGUGUGUGGAUUACUACGAGAACAAGCUGUACCUGACUCCCAGUGAGAAGCACAUGCUUCUCAAGGUGAUGGGUUUUGGUUUGUACCUCAUGGAUGGAAACAGCAGCAACAUUUAUAAACUGGAUGCCAAGAAGAGAAUCAACCUCACGAAGAUUGACAAGUUUUUCAAGCAACUCCAAGUGGUCCCGCUUUUUGGUGACAUGCAGAUCGAAUUGUCCCGUUACAUAAAGACCAGCGCUCACUUUGAAGAGAACAAAUCCAGGUGGACUUGCACAUCUAUCUCCAGCAGCCCUCAGUACAACAUCUGUGAGCAGAUGAUUCAGAUCAGGGAGGAUCACAUGCGCUUCAUCUCUGAGCUCGCUCGCUACAGCAACAGUGAGGUGGUGACUGGAUCAGGGCGCCAGGAGGCCCAGAAGACUGACUCAGAGUACAGGAAGCUGUUCGAUUUGGCCCUGCAGGGCAUGCAGCUGCUCUCCCAGUGGAGUGCUCACGUUAUGGAAGUGUACUCAUGGAAACUGGUUCACCCGACAGACAAAUACUCUAACAAGGAGUGCCCCGACAAUGCUGAGGAGUAUGAGAGGGCCACUCGCUACAACUACACAAGCGAGGAGAAGUUCGCCCUCGUAGAGGUGAUUGCGAUGAUAAAGGGACUGCAGGUGCUGAUGGGACGCAUGGAGAGCGUGUUCAACCACGCCAUCCGCCACACCAUCUACUCAGCUCUGCAGGACUUUUCCCAGGUGACGCUGCGCGACCCGCUGAGGCAGGCCAUCAAGAAGAAGAAGAACGUCAUCCAGAGCGUCCUUCAGGCCAUCCGUAAAACGGUCUGUGACUGGGAGACCGGCCGGGAGCCGCACAACGACCCUGCCCUCCGCGGAGAAAAGGAUCCAAAGGGAGGAUUUGACAUCAAGGUUCCUCGUCGAGCUGUGGGGCCCUCCAGCACACAGCUCUACAUGGUGAGGACCAUGCUGGAGUCUCUUAUUGCUGACAAAAGUGGCUCAAAGAAGACUCUGCGCAGCGGUCUGGAGGGUCCCACCAUUCUGGACAUUGAAAAGUUUCACAAGGAGUCCUUCUUUUACACACACCUGCUGAACUUCAGCGAGACUCUGCAGCAGUGUUGUGACCUCUCCCAGCUCUGGUUCAGAGAGUUCUUUCUGGAGCUCACGAUGGGCCGCAGGAUCCAGUUCCCCAUCGAGAUGUCCAUGCCCUGGAUCCUCACCGACCACAUUCUGGAGACCAAGGAAGCGUCCAUGAUGGAGUAUGUGUUGUAUCCCCUGGAUCUAUACAAUGACAGCGCACACUACGCUCUGACCAAAUUCAAGAAGCAGUUCCUCUACGAUGAGAUUGAGGCCGAGGUCAACUUGUGUUUCGAUCAGUUUGUCUACAAGCUGGCCGAUCAGAUUUUUGCUCACUAUAAGAUUCUAGCUGGAAGCCUCCUGCUUGACAAACGUUUGAGGACUGAAUGCAAGAACCAAGGGGCCAACAUUCCCUGGCCUGCCUCCAACCGCUACGAGACUCUGCUGAAGCAACGCCACGUCCAGCUCCUGGGCCGCUCCAUCGAUCUAAACCGACUCAUCACUCAGAGAGUUUCAGCAGCUCUUCACAAAUCUCUGGAGCUCGCCAUCAACCGAUUUGAGAGUGAAGACCUCACCUCAGUAAUGGAGCUAGAGGGUCUUCUGGAGAUCAACCGCAUGACGCACAAACUUCUCAGUAAGUUUGUGACUCUGGACAGCUUCGAUGCCAUGUUCCGCGAGGCGAACCACAACGUGUCGGCCCCGUACGGCAGGAUAACGCUACACGUCUUCUGGGAACUCAACUACGACUUCCUGCCCAACUAUUGCUACAACGGCUCUACGAACAGGUUUGUGCGGACCAUCCUGCCUUUCUCUCAGGAGUUCCAGAGGGAUAAGCCCCCCAACGCUCAGCCUCACUAUCUGUACGGGUCAAAGACCUUGAACCUGGCCUACACCAGCAUAUUUAGCUGCUACAGGAACUUUCUGGGGCCCCCUCACAUUAAAGCCAUGUGCAGACUGCUGGGCUACCAGGGCAUCGCUGUGGUGAUGGAGGAGCUGCUUAAAGUCGUCAAGAGCCUGCUUCAGGGGACCAUACUGCAGUACGUGAAGACUCUGAUGGAGGUGAUGCCCAAGAUUUGCAGGCUUCCUCGCCAUGAGUACGGCUCUCCUGGUAUCCUGGAGUUCUUCCACCACCAGCUGAAGGACAUCGUCGAGUACGCCGAACUGAAGACCGUGUGUUUCCAGAACCUGAGGGAGGUGGGAAACGCCCUCUUGUUCUGCCUGCUGAGUGAGCAGAGUCUGUCGCAGGAAGAAGUUUGUGAUUUGCUCCAUGCUGCACCGUUCCAGAACAUUCUGCCCAGAGUUCAUGUCAAAGAAGGGGAACGCCUGGAUGCCAAGAUGAAGCGCUUGGAAGCUAAAUACACGGCGCUGCACAUGGUCCCACUCAUAGAGCGCCUUGGAACCCCCCAGCAAAUAGCCAUUGCCCGUGAAGGUGACCUGCUGACCAAGGAGAGGCUGUGCUGCGGCCUGUCCAUGUUUGAAGUCAUCCUCGCGCGCGUGCGAGGCUUCUUGGACGACCCCAUCUGGCGCGGGCCGUUGCCCAGUAACGGCGUGAUGCACGUGGACGAAUGCGUGGAGUUCCACCGCCUCUGGAGCGCCAUGCAGUUCGUGUACUGCAUCCCUGUGGGAGCGCACGAGUUCACUGUGGAGCAGUGCUUUGGAGACGGUCUCCACUGGGCGGGCUGCAUGAUCAUCGCUCUCCUGGGCCAGCAGAGACGCUUCGACAUCCUCGACUUCAGCUACCACCUCCUGAAGGUGCAGAAACACGACGGCAAAGAUGAGGUCAUCAAGAGCGUGCCUCUGAAGAAGAUGGUGGACAGGAUUCGCAAAUUCCAGGUUCUCAACGACGAGAUCUUUGCCGUCCUGAACAAAUACCUGAAGUCUGGAGACGGGGAGAACAUGCCGGUGGAGCACGUCCGCUGCUUCCAGCCUCCGAUCCACCAGUCGCUCGCCAGCAGCUGAGGCGCUGCUACAAAUAUAAACCCUGUGGACCAGUGACAAGUUCCAAACACUGCCAGCAUUACCAGAACAUCCACACCUUGUUUUUAGCUCUUUAGUGACAAAGGACCAUUAAAUCCAAUAAGUUGGGCCACYUUUUUUUUUGUAUUCACUUGUGCCUUAUGAGAAAAGAAUUAAUUAUUUUAUACUUUAAAAAAACAACAGAUGAGGGAUGGAAGCUAGCUUUUUAUCAGAUGACUAUUUAAAGGUUUGCAGUGGUGAAAUAUUAGGUGGAAGUAAUUUUGUACUGCAUGCUAAAACAUUAAAGGAAACAAAAGUAGCAAAGCUUGUACUCAUGUUAAGCAUUCACUGUGCCUUGUAAUGUUUUAAUCAUUUUAAUUCAAUAAAUAUGUUACAAAUCUG